AUGCCCGGUCACCGUCGUGGAAAGAAGAAUCAUAAGAACGCAUCCAAGUCAUCUGGAAGCAUGGGAAAUCGUAAGGAGUCAAGCGAUCGAGACUCUGCUGAUGAUGCCUCUUCCGCGUCCGCUACCACCAGCCCCUCUCAGCCCCCCUCAUCGCCGCUCUUGCAACCACAACAUAUCACCGAUCCACUUCCACCUGAGAAGCCACCAUCUUCUAAAUUACCACAGACUUCUUCGCUUGUUGCUGAGUCUGAUGACCAGAAGACGGGAAAUGGCUUAUCAGCAUCCACAUUUGCUGAUCAAGAUUCUGGUGCUGAUAAAUCUUCUGACGGUAAGCAAGCUUCAGUUGAUGCUUCUGAUACACCCAUCGACUCCUCAGUCGCUCAAAGUCUGGAGAAGAGGUUGUAUGGCAUGUUAAUGUCGAACCUCGCUCAUGUAGCCCCACACAAGGAGCACGCCCAGGUCACCUUGGUCUCCGAUGGUCUUAGUGAUGCUGUUGCUGCUCCUUUGACCUCAAUAUCUUCUACUACACCUGUCGAGAACGAUGCAGCUGUUGCGAGUGCCGAGGGCUCUAAAGACCUUGAGGAUUCUCAAGAAGUAGCUCAAAAGUCAGAAGACAACCAGCUUCCGAAAGUUGUUUUGAAGAGCUCCUUCGAGUCUCACGAGAGUGAUACGAAAACCCAACUUGUCACCUUUGGAAAUCUCCAUGUUAUGGAGGCGGAAGGGCAGACAGGAUCAUCAGAAGACGCUGGCCCAACCUCUACGGUUGUAAUCAUCUCUGGAACACCUUCAUCAUUACCGUAUCCUGAACGCCUCAUCAAGCCGCUUCCUACUCUCUCAAAGGCGAGGGCUCGCGCUGGAAUCAACAAUUGGCUUCAUGCUCCUAUGCAAACUACUUAUGCCAUUACAACCACCGCCAAUCCAUUCGCUUCUAAGGAGGCUCCUGUAACACCAUCCGCCUCUGACGCUGCUAAGGGACGACCUAUCAAGCCGCUUCCAAAACGCUCACGAAAGUUUCUUGGAGUGGCAAACCGAAGCAGUUCUCCCACGGUUUCUGAUCUGUUAUGUUUCUGUUUCUUCACAUUUAGAGCUUCAUCCGAGGUUUCUCCGGUAGCCGAGACCUUUAGCGAGCGAAACCCUUCAAGGACACAUGCACUCCUCCAACAGCCAACUUUUAAUAGCACUACCGAUGCGACUACUAUCGAUAUUAGCGAGAAGAAUACUGGCAUGUUUGUAUCAAAGUAUGCCAGUGAGUCCGCUCUUGAUAUGGGUGCCACGAGUCAUGCCCCCGUCACUUUUGGCGAGUUUACCAAUUUCCCUACACCUACACACGAGUCCCUUCUGUCCUUUCAGCAGCAAUCUUCUGAUAGCGUUGUCAAUAAGUAUCUUGCAGAAUACACAGGGGAGAAGACUGGUAUUUCCGUAUCAAAGUACGCCAAAUAUUCUGCCGCUCAGUCGUAUGCCAUGACCCUAAACAUGAUAUUUGCGCCUAGCAAACCGUCUCUAAUCCCUCAAUCGCUGUCUUUGACUAGUAGUUAUUUUGCAGCCUUAUCUCAAGGCCUGGAAAACAGCGCGCUUGCCUCAAACAACGUCUUCACUCUCGCAGUUGCUAAAUCUGUAAUUCCAGACCGUGGUUUUGGACCAGCGCCCUAUCUUGAGAAUGUCUUGGGCAAACCUGUCAACCCGGGUGGCGGCACUGAAGCCGACGACGACACUGAAGCGAUCAAUGAGCAUAAAGAGGAGAGCGGUGUCAAAGAAGAUGAUGGUGGCGAUGAGGAGAAGGGUGAUGAACAUGAGGGUAAUGAGGUGGAACAACCAACAGUAAUCACUACCCGACCAACAGUUCUCAAUACAGAAUCUUCAGAGAAAGGUAAUGAUGAAGUCUGGCAAGAUCCUUCGAACGAGCUGUAAACAUCCCCUGUCGAGGAACCUUCAACAUGUGAUGAAUCGGAGAACAGUUAUACCACUACUCAACUGCUAUCCCCCGCAGCACCAUCGAGUGCCACAGAUGAAGAAUUAGUCCAAAGCACCGACGGAACUUUGGACCCGGGCCACAAAGUCACUCUGCCGCUCCUCUGCGGGCAUUCCGAGGGAAAGCCAUUUGAGGAAAACUCCGAGCCUGCCCAAUCCGAAGACUUUGAGAAGCAGCUCCGAGUUGAAGUUCAAAAUGAUACUGAGGAAUCUGCUGUGACCGUAGAAAAAUCUGCAGUUAUUGAUGUCGAAUUUUCCGAUGGAGACAACAGUCCUGUUGCUAGUCACAGUCUUGCCAGAAACUCCGAGGAUAUCACCACCAAGGUCAAUGAUCCUAACCAUAAUCAUAAUGGUACAGUUAUCGACCCGAGUCUCAUGUCAAUACUUCUAGAUGUUCGGGGCAUAAUUUCAAAAGUCCAAUCUCGGAACAGAACCGCCACUGCAAUGAUUGAGCGCCUCCAGAACGAGCUCAGAGCAACGACGGAAACAACGGCAAGACUUGAGACAGAAAGCCAGGGCCGUAAAGUCGAAAUUGGAACCAAUUCUGAAGAGAUUGAGCGCCUCAAGGAUAAUUUCCGAACAACGACGGAGAAGACAACAAGACUUGAGACUGAAGACAAGGGCCUUCGAGACCAGAUCGCAUCUCUAACACAACAGAUGAAGAUACUCGAGACUGAAAACAAGAGACUGGAUUCCGAGAACUCAACCAACGCUGGAAAGAUUGAGAGCCUCGGGGACGAACUCAAAGUAACGAAGUGUAGGCUUGAGACCGAAAACAAGAGACUGAAUACCGAGAACGAAACCAACGCUGGAAAGGUUGAGAGCCUCGAGACUAUACUUAGUAUGACGAAGUAUAGACGUAAGACUAAAAACAAGGGCCUGGAAGUCCAGUUGGCAAAUCUCAUGAAAAAGAUGAAAGAGCUUCAGGCAGAAAACAAGACUCUGAGAGUCGUAAAGAACAUUCAGACUACUAACAUUACCUCACUAAGUAGUUCGGUUGAAAGACUGAAGGCCGACAACCUCGAGUUGAGAUCUAUUUUGCGGACCGCUAGACGCAUUUCGGAAUCGAAAUCGCAGCGCUUGAGAGCGUCAAAUAACAGGCCAUUACCAGAUUCAAGGAAGUCAGUACUUCCAUUGUUGCAGCAAUCAACAAGCUAUCAGAAGACUGUCAAGAUCUUAGAGCUGGGUGUGCUAUUAUGAUCGUGCGAAAUUCAGAACAAAUUGCUUCCGAGACCACCGAUCGAGAGACUGAGAAUGCAACCUUGCGAGAGGAGUCUAGCCAGCAGAAAACCGAGCUUGGCAAUCUCAACAGCAAGAACGACGCUUUGCAACACCGUAUCGGGGAGAAUGAAUCUGAAAUUGAAACUCUCAAACUCGAUAUUAUAACCUUGCGAGACGAACCGUAUGUUGGGAAACAACUUGCAAAGGCUCUCUCUCACUUGAGAGCAUACUCAAGCCCCCUUCUAAGCCCCCUCCUCCCUUGUCUCUAUUUCUUCGCCAUGACACACUCUCCUCUCAGCUUUGUCGCUCUGGCUUUUGGUCUCUACACUGCUUACUUGACCGACGGUAUUCCCUACUCCGUCGUCCUCAUUCCUUACUUCCUCGUGGUCGUUGCCUAUAUCGCCGCUCAGAGAGCCAGCUUGAAGGUUGCCCUCAAGCAGAAGGUUGAAGCUGCUGGCGAUACCCUCAGCUCGGCUACCUCAUCAUCUGAUAUAGAAGCACCGGUCUCCUCCACCCACAACUUCUUCCUCGGUCUUGUGGUGCUUGCUUUGGUGCUCAUUCCGGCUAUCCUGGCAUAUUUGUACGUCGAUAGAUUCAUGGUCGGUCGCUAUUUCAUCAACAUCGCCUGUACAUACGUCGCCAAGGGGUUGACUUACAUCGCGACAAAACUCACGGCAUAUCUGCAUCCGUACAUUCCCCUCCUUCAUACGUAUAUCACCAAGGGAUGGAACCACAUCGAGCCAAAACUCACAGCAUAUCUGCGCCCGUAAAUUUCCAUCGUUCUCGCGUUGAUUACAAAGGGAUGGACCUACAUCGAUCCACUCCUCCCACAAUGUGUUCAUAGACACAUUCACAACACGUUCCCUACGUACAUCACCACCGCGCGUACACACAUCGUCCUAGGAAUGAACUUCAUCGGGCCCUACCUCCACAGAAACGUACGUCCAUCCUUGUACAUCAUCCGCAAUAUCAUCGAUCCCAUCAAGGUAUUCCCCGCAUAUGGCUGUCCCAACGUCUUCGGGUUAUUCGAUUUCCCCCGCUGUAUCGCCACGGAUGUCCCUCCACCGCCGGAGUAUCUCGUCUCAAUUACAACUACCGUAGUCUCGCAACUUCAGGGAAUCUAG